AUGACCAUCUCCCAUUAUGGCGUCUGGGCCUGCACCCCCACCCGCUACACUGCCCAGACCGAGAAGCAAGACUCCAAGUCCCCUCACAUCUACCUCUACUUCACCGAUGGCUCAUCCUCCAGCAAGAAUCUUGAGGCCGCCAUCAAUGUCAAGUCGACUGAUAAGGACACCCGUCUGGUCUUCUGGUUGAACCGCAACUUCACCCACCCCAUCACCCAGACCCUAUCCGGCCUCGACCAAGGCUUCCACCUUGCCCAGCAGAGUGGCUCAACCGACAACAAGAGCACUCACCACAGCCACCGUCACUCCCGCCGCGAAACCUCUACCCUUCAAGGCCUUGACUUCAUUCGCACCCAGGACCUGGUGGAUAUCAAGUCCGGCAAGGUGCUUCCCCACGAUAUCCCCGGUCCCAACAAUGAUAUCCUGGACGAUCUGGAUCCCAUCAUCACCGAUGCGAUCAACAAGAAGGCGACUGCUUAUAUCUGGGGAUCGUCGUAUGGAUCGGGAAUCCACGAUGUUCACAUGAACCAGGGUAGUCUCCCCAGCUACUCCAAUGGCAUCUACGAGGAUGGUGCGCUGUUGUUUGAAUUUGAUGAUGGACACUGGGAGGCUGUAUUCUUGGCAUUUGCCUCGCAGAAGAUUCCCACCGAUGAUCAGGGGGAAACUGAGGGGACAUUGUCGAAAUGA